GCUUGUCUACAUCCAGGGACGGGAGCCAGACUGAAGUGUCAGGGGGAAAGUAUACCUCACCUCGGAUGUCACCAUAAACGGAUGAUUGUUUCCAAGCGACCGUCGUUUUUGAAAGAGCAGACAGGCAUGAAUGGUUUCAGCAGGCCCAACCAACACAGGACAACACCAUUCAACAGGACAGCACACCUCAGAACGUCCAAGCCUGACCUGGAGCGAGAUUCAGGACUAUCAGAUGCCAGCUCAGGGUACCUCAGCGCAGUCGAUCUGACUGAUUCUGAGGAUGCAGGCAGGAAUGGGUCGAUAGUCAGCCAGGAGCCACCUGGGUCUCAGGUGGCUGUGAUGGGAGGCUCAUACACUGGACUAUCUCCAAUGAUCAUCAUGAAUAACUUUGUCUUAAAGCAGCCGUCCACAGUGGCUCCCACAGAAAAACAGUGGGGUUUUCCGUCACCCAUGGAAGUGAUGCCUCAGUCCCAGGUUGUUCUUCUGCAGCCCAUGGUACCAAAUGGCAGCAGCAGCAGCAGCUCUCCAAAGAUUGGUCCUGAAAAUAUUAAACAAUCUAAAAGCUACAUGCCCAUCCUCAAGUCAUAUCCCAGAAUUGCCCCGCAACCUGCAGACACUCCAACCAAGAGGGCGGGGUCCUCCAGGGUGAGGGUGAGUUCAACAUCAGCAUAUGAGCCCAGACAGAGGAGGCAUCACCACAGUCACAGGCUCUACAGCUCUCCCAGCAAUCAGCCAGCCCUGCAGAGUACAGUCAAGCCCAACUCAAGCUUCCAAGCUGCAGACAACCAAUCACAAGCAGCAGAGAGACAUGAGCAGCUCACUGACACAGCCCUCUCAGCACUGGCAGGGACCAGCCCUCUGCUGCCCUUCACAGAUGAUUUCAGGACUGAGAUGGACCCCAUCGGGCUGCAUGACGACAAAGACCAGGAUGCCUUCUCUGUGGACAGUAACAAACUGAAACGAUUCAGCAAUACCUACAACAUCCUCAACAAUUCUGGCUUGCUGGGGAUCACCAUGCGCACAAAGCAGCUGAUCAAGGAUAAUAAGCGCACCCAAAGCCAGCUGCAGCAGCUUCGGGAGCAGACGGCUCUGCUGUUAGAGGCUCUGAGCAGCGGAGACCCACAGCUCUGGACUAAACUGCAGCUCUCUCUGCAGCACACAGACAAGGAGCAAUGGGCAGCUAAAGGUCAGGGAGUCUCGGCAUAAAUGACAGACACGUCCAGGAGCUCUCAAUCAAAGGGUCACCAGAUGAUUUAUGAGGUUGAAAACGUAUCGCUCAAAUAUUUAAAAGAAAAUCAUUCUCUGCUUGAAUUUUUGGUAAAAUACUUAGCAUUAUAACAAAAGCAACUGGUCAAAUUUAACUAUACACUUUCACACUGUAGUCAGGAGAAAUCAAGAAAUUUAAGGUAAAAAAUUCAUGACUUAAACUGAAGCACAUCAAGUGGAGGUUUAAAAGUAUGUUGACACUUCGAACCCUUGCCUAUAAUUACUUUUCUGGCCUCUUUUGCUUCAAAAUGGCAAGUAUCACUUGCAGUAGGGCUAUAGCUUAUAUAUACUGAAUUCCUGAUAGCAUAAAACGCAUGCCUUACAGCAAACAUGAGGACACAUAAAGGCCUCGAAUGUGAUUGCUGUAUACAAAAGGAUAAUGUUACUUUUUAAACUCAAAUCCCAAGUGGAUUCAUGUGCCCUGAUUUUUUUUUUCACUUUCCUACUAAGCAUUAUUCAUUGACUGGGUGCUAUCAUGUUCAUUUUUUUAUUGUUUACUUUGUUUUAAACUCUUGGUAAGUAAAACUGCAUGGGCUAAUGUCUUAUUUAAGUUAAGAGUUAAACUAACAGCUUGUUUUCUCAAAGAACUGGUUAGUAGUGGCAUUUUGGAGGGACAGCAAAAUUAAAUAUAUAUAUUCUUUCUGAAACUAAGGCUCAAUCCCAAUAUACCCCUGCUCCUACCACUUAAGCCUAUCCAUAUGUGUUGCACAUUUAAGUCUAGGGGUAGGGUGUCCCAGUUUUUGUUGGAAUGGAGGGGUAGGUAGGCUGAAGUGCUAGGGUUACAUGGCCCUUUAAACUAAGAUUUGGAGGCACACUCCAAACCCAGAGUUAUGGUAAAUCUCCUUGAACCUUGCGAUUCAUCUGCAAAAUUGUCAAAUCUGUCUUAAAUCUAGGUAUGAGUACCGAAAUCCUGUGCCAAAACAUCCCAUCCUGACAGGCCCGAAUCAAAAGCAAAUCACAGCUAAUUUCAGUGCUUCAUUUUGGUACCCCAUCAACCCAACACAGCCCCCUACCUGUACUAAUGAAAGGCACCAAAUGCCUUAAGGAAAUAACAAAGUUUAUGUUUACUUGUUUUGUUUUGCUAUUGGGAGUAAUGUCUCUGCUCAUGUUCUCCUUUCCUUUAUGACUCAUGAUUUGUCUCUUAAUGCUGCACGUUAUUUGACUCACUGUUUUUAGUACUUAAAUUGGUCCAUGUGAGUGGACUACAGCAUGCUACUCAUCUAGUGCAAAAACAGUCAUAUCAAUUUUCCACAAUAUUGUGUGGUUCUGUUUCAGAAAAUCCACUUUUUGAUUAUGUGGAUGGAUUAUUAUUGGUGUAUAUUUAUAGCAGAGAGAGGGAGGGAAAAUCUUUGAUGGCUUUGAAUGAGUGAGAAAGCAGCACGGUCUAUCAGUGAGUUCGUCUCAACAGACAGGAUCAUUUAUGAACAAUCAAAAGGGGUAGGAAUCUCUAGUACUACCUCCUGUUUUUUUCAUGGUUGUUCCACUGAUUUGUCAGCAUGUAGGAGAGGAAAAUAAUGUUUCCUGAUUUUUAUGUGGGGAAAGGUUUAGUCCCUUUAAUUCUCUUGUUGCCCUCUCUGUCCCAUCAGCAGACCUUUCUUUCCUGCAGCUGGCCAAAGUCACAUAACAUGUAUUAUGCACUUUAGUUCAACAGCAUGGGUGAAUCUAGACCUUUUUAUUGGGGGACCUAGGCCCUGUGCUCAUGCAGGGGGGACAUGAAGUUGCACAAACAUUGAAUCAUCAUAUUUUAUUAUAUUUCUAUGAUUUAAAUUAGGGCUGUCAAGUAAUAGUCAAGGUCCACAAUAAGUGCUUGUUUUUUUAAGUCACAAUUAAUUGCAUGUUUAUUUUUUCCUUUAACAUACUUUGGUUAAGCCAUAUCAGUGUCUCCCUGCAGCCAGAGUGAUGUAAAAUUAGUCCACCGCUCCUUAAUGUCUCAUUUUACUUUAAAAAACUCACAGGCAGCUCAGUGGACAAGUCAGAAAGCAUCUGCACCUUGUGUUUUCAAAUAUUUACCUUUUUACUGUCUUCUUAUAUCAAUUUAAAUACAUAACAAAUUCCUUUUUUUGUGGUAAAGUUUGUUUCAUAAUCUGCCUAUGAAGGCAAGUUUGUUUCCAAACAGGAAGUCAGUUACCUUUAGCUCAAGAAAAUUCCAGAGUGGCACAAAAACGGUUUAUAAUGCUAAAUAGUGGUAUUUUAAAAUGUGAUGAAAAGGGUGCAAUUAAUUUCAAUUAACCACAGAAAUUCUGAGAUUAAUCAUCAUAAAAAUAUUUAUCUUUUAAAGUCCUAAUUGAAAUGUAUCAAUUCAGGUAAAAAAAACAAAACAAUGCCAAGCUCUACUUAUAUCAGAAGUUAAUAAUGUCUCAAUUCUUUUUGGCGUUUUACAUUUUAACUGCACUUUAACAAAUUAGCUUGGAGAAGAAAUGUCUGGUAUUGCCUUCAAGUCUGUUUACGUAAAUGCUUUUCCCAAUAACCCUUGUAAUUGUUUUAAAGAUGGCACUCGAAAACAAGGGGCAGGAGUAGAACUUAGAAAUGGGACUGAGCCUAAGUCUAAUUAUUUUUGUUUUCAUGUUUCUUGUCCAGACUAAAGCCAUCUGACUGAUGAAAACAGAUCGAGCACCACAUAAAAUGUCUGCACAGAAGCUCCUUUUGUUAAAAGUUGGUGUUAAAAACUACGUAGUAGUUUGUGAAAGCUUAAACUGUAGCAAGUGAAUUGUUGUAGCCAUCUAUUUCAUGAAUAUUACUGUUUUUUUCUUUGCAGUUUCUUUGUCGUUGCCAUGUUGAUUCUUGCGUAGUAUAAUGUGGAAUUAUUUAAAACUUUUACACUUUGAAAUGCGUUUCUUUUAGCUUCACUUUAAAGAAUAUUUCACUUAAGUUAUAUUACUGAUAAUAAUUUAGACAAUUGUUACGACUUCAAAUGAGCAGUCUGUUCUGAAAAUGUGAAUACAAAUGCUUAUCUGAAUGCCUGUGCCUUUUUGAACAUGUCUAUAUUUGUACUUCAUAUCAAUAUCAAGCAGCUUAGAUUGUGAGCUUCAUGUGGAGGGAAGUUGAAUGUCCUAAACUUUCAUCCAAAGAAUUAAUAUUUUUGUCUGAAUCAAUGCUGAUCACGUCCAGGCUAGGAGCUGCUGCUUAAGCCAUUCAUGGGUCAGAUUUGAUAUUAAGUCUAUUUUUCCCUGUUGUGUUAUUUAUUCUUGUAACAAUACACAACUUUAGCAACAAUUUCUAAAUUGGGUGAAACUGUAAAACUAAGAAUGAGAUUAGAUUGGUCAAAAAGGGCAAAAAGAGGGUUAUAAAACCUUAAGAUAACUUCUCAGUGCUUUUUUUCCCUGUCGUGGAACUGAAAUGUGCUUUGUAUUGUUUCUUUAGCAACUGUCUCUUUGAAUAAUAAUGAACUUAAAACAUCA